GACUUCGGCGAAUACUCACCAGACGAAUAUUAUACGGCCCAGACGUCUGAAGGAGAGCACAUCUCACAGUUGAUCGGCGGCUAUAUUGACAUCAUCUUAAAAAAACAAAAGGCUCGGGAUCAUCCAGGAAUCCUAGGCGAUGAGGAGUCAGCAAUGUACGAAGAGAAUGUGCGGGCUGAACGGGCCACAAUCAUUCAACACCAGCGACUUCCGAGCAGACAGCGCAUCCCACGUCGCCAGCAAAACGGCCACGACGAGAUUGCCGUCAGCCAACGUAACGGGACACUCGCAAGCGUUGCUCCAUCCGUCGCUAGGGACCAGCUCGAUCAUGUUAGGCUAUCGGAGGAUCCUGGC